GCCGAUGUUGUUAGUUAGUGGAGUCUUCCUGUUUGGCGUUGCCUAGUUGUCUGAAGCAUGUUGGCCAUGACACAAUCCUGGGAGUGGAGAAACAGGCAGAAAGUUUAUCCGAGACGUCCAGCAGCACUGUGACACUGGGCCUUUUUGACAAGUAAAGCCUCGGCCACAGAAGAUACCAACCAACACUGGAGCCUAGAUAAAAAUAAGCGAUUUCUCUUUUAGGGGCAGAGCAGAAGCAGUGCUGCAGGAUGUCGGAGUCAAAUGGUCGCGUGAGUGCCUGGAGCAGUAGCCAAGUGGGCCAGUGGCUGCAGGACGAAGGUUUCGGGCAGUACGUGGACUUGUUGUGUACGCAGCACCGCAUCGACGGCGUCAGUCUACUGGCUCUGACUGAAGCUGACCUGCGGGGUCCUCCCCUUGGCCUCACCGUGCUGGGACACAUCAAGCGACUGAGUGUAGCCCUCCGCCGCCUCCAGAGGGAGAAUAAAGCUGAGUUGGAGGAGCUAGGUCUGUGGCCUCCAGACGCUAACUCUGCUGGACUCUCGCUGGGUGCUCCAAGGGCCGAGUGGAGCUGUGAUGGAGCUGAAAGGAGGGGAUGUAAUGGUGGAGAUCAUUUGUGCAAUGGGAUGGAGCUGCGGCUGAGGAACGGUAGCAGCCGUGGGUGUGCGCCUGGGACAGCGCUGUGUCAAACACACUCCAACGGCAGGUUUCGACAGCCAAUGGUGGGCCGAUUGGAUCCUGAGGUCUGGAAGACGGUCAUUAGUUCUGUAUAUGUAUUCUUAGUGUGUGGACUGACCUCUUUUGUCAUGGUUAUUGUGCAUGAGCGUGUCCCUGACAUGAGGACUUACCCGCCCCUUCCUGAUAUAUUCCUGGACAGUGUACCCAGAAUCCCUUGGGCGUUUGUGAUGGCUGAAGCUUGUGGCCUUAUCUUGUGUUACAUGUUUUUGUUGAUCCUGCUCCUUCACAAGCACAGGUCAAUUCUCCUCAGACGCCUGUGUUCUCUGAUGGGAACAGUGUUUCUGCUUCGUUGUUGCACCAUGUUUGUCACCUCGCUCUCUGUGCCUGGGCAGCACCUGAAAUGUUCCAGCCUGUCCUACGGUGAUACUUGGGGAAAGAUCCAGAGAGCCCUGGCCAUAUGGAGUGGGUUUGGGAUGACUCUUACAGGUGUCCAAACCUGUGGAGACUACAUGUUCAGCGGCCACACUGUGGUCAUCACGAUGCUCAACUUCUUUGUGACUGAAUACACACCGAGAAACUGGAAUUUGAUCCAUACCAUCUCCUGGGUGCUGAACCUGUUUGGGAUUUUCUUCAUCCUGGCGGCCCAUGAGCACUACUCCAUCGACGUCUUCAUAGCCUUCUACAUCACCACACGCCUCUUCCUCUACUACCACACAUUAGCCAACACCCGUGCCUUCCAGCACAGUCGCAGGGCUCGCAUUUGGUUCCCCAUGUUUUCCUUUUUUGAGUGCAAUGUGAAUGGACCCGUUCCUAACCAGUAUCACUGGCCCUUCAGUAAACCAGCCUUCAUGAAAACUCUAAUUGGAUGAAGAGUCUUGAACGAUAAUUUAGCUUUUUUGUAGCAGUGCCUCAAAGAAUUUUCUGUGAUAUUAAUGAUACUAUUAUGAUCGUAUUUCUUCUUUUGCAGAUUAAUUGUUGUUUUUCUCAGGUUCAGGUGAACAGCUAUGCAGUUUAAGUUUAGUACUUUAAAAAUCUUUAAAAAGAUGAGACUAUUUUCACCUUCUGUCAGUCUGCUAAAUAGAGCUAGCAGCUAGUUAGCUUAGCAUACAGGAAACUAAAACACAGACAUGGAGUUGGAUAAAAAGCAGAAAUAAGCCAUAGUUUUUGUGUGAAGCACAUUUAAUCAAUCAGACGUGUAAAUGUUGAAAAACUUGCAUUUCUUCAAGUUUUCUGGAACAUAUUCAGAUUGGUGGUAGCUAGCUCCAACCGUUGCCUCAUAAUUAGCAUAUUUCUAUUAUGACUGAGUUGGCUGAGUUUUGUUAUUCACAGUAUUCUUAACUGUUCUUUCAGAUUUAAAUUGCACGUCUCUUAAUAAAUUAAUAAUACUCACUUGUAUAUCAUAAAAGCGAAGGAUACUGGCAUUUUCUGGAAGAUUGUACACUAUGUAGCAUUUUUAUUGACUUCCACUUUUUGGAUGUUUACAGUUCAAUGGUAAUUUGUCAAAUUUUGUAUACAAAGUAAUGCAUGUGACAGGUUCUUUUUUAAAGAGUGAAUUCGCUGAAAGUUUACAUUUUGCUGCAAAGAGCACUUUAGUAAGUGCAACCAAAAUAGCCUUUUUAUCAAUAUGCAACCAAAUACUUGACCUCCUCAUGUUUUGCAAAGAAAAAAAAAAGAGAUCUAUUUCAGGGACAUUUUUAUUUUUGUCAUUUUACAUUAAAAGUGAAUGUUUGACUUAUAAUCAAUUUGAAAUGUAAAAAUAAGUUUAUGAUUCAGUUAUUUUUUGUAUUUUUGUCCUACUUUUGCAUAUAGUGUAGAAAUACUUGACAUUUGUUACUUGGUUGAAAAAACACCUUGUCUACCAAAGACUGGAAGUUUGUUUACAAUAAUGUGGCUUAUUUUUUUUUUGUUUUGUUUUUUUGUCUUUUAUCUCAUGAAUGACGUUUAUGCUUAGGAAACCUUUCAUAUUGGUCUUCAGCUUUCUUUACACUGUAGCUGUUGCAUGUGUCUUUUUGUAAAUGACCAAAAAGAGCAAGUUGCAUCAUGCAGUCUCUUCGUUCUAAGAAAUGUGUCUUAAACAUGCAAUUUUAACAUAACCUGUGCAUCUGUUCCCCACCUUAAAACAAAUGUCUGACAAAUCACUGUUCAAAUAUUUGAAUUAAAGAAAUGCAGGGCUGCACACCCACCGAUAUAAACCAUCAUUGUAACUCUCAGCUUUCAUACACUAACCUCUUGGUGACUGCGUCAGAUCUCGUCUGAAGAUGGUAUGUAUUUGACAAAUUAGGGCUGCUGUAAUUCUUAUUAAUAUAUUUGGAAUAAACAAAACUUUUAUUCCAAAUUCAUC